UGAAGGAAAAUUUGACGCUAGGGGUGGCGUACAAGUGUGGGCGCCAUCUAUUCGUUCAGUGCCUGACUAUCCUCUGAAGACCUGUGUACUCGCGACCGUAUUACUAGAUUAUUGCGACAUUUCGUGUGACAAUUUAAUUUGUGUGCAUCGUGUUAUAAUAAAGUGACGAGUGAACGCCUUAGAACGGAUACAACAAGAGUUCAGGACUGUCCAACUUUAAUGGACAGGGUAUUAAGAGAAAUGAAUGUAGCGUGGCGAUGACAAGCCUGAUCUUGGAAAACGCAGACUUAAACCGACUUUUCCCGAAAUGUCGGCCUAGGGGUGGCCCACCCCCGAGUCCGGGGGCCUCCACACAGAAUAGUCAGCCGCAUGAGAGCCUCUGCCAGAAGGAGGCCGUCUCUGUUACCACCAGCCUCACGACUAGCCUCACAAAUACACUUGCGACUACGUUCGCAAACACUCUCACAACUACCCUUGCAAUCACUUCCAAGAACACACAUUCAACGCACUCACGCGCGAUACCGGAAGACAUGAUCGACCUCGAGCGUGAUAUCUCCGAUAGGACAACAAACAUGGUGUCCAGUUUUGCAGGUGACAGUCAGUUAUCUGUUGGUGUCAGCAGUGGCACAGGCACUGUUAGUGGUUCUCUUGGAACAUUUAGUUCGCUUGGUACACUUAAUACUAAACCACUUUCUUCAAGCUCCUCAUCUGCUUCUGGACGUAGUGAGGAUGCACAACAAUAUGGUAGCCUUCCAGGUAGUGACCAGCAGAGUCACUCACAGCAAGAUGAUAGUGGACCUGAGGAAAGCCCUGUAUACAUUUUAACUUCUGCCAAGGGUGAUCGCAGCUACAAAUUAAGGGAUUCCCGAAUUAUAGAAAUUGCUGGUGGACGAGAAAUAUUUUCUCAAAGUCGAGGUAAAGUAGCAGCUAGAAAAUCACGCUUUCUUGCGGCAUCAAAUUCCUUAAAUAAUGAAGAUAUUCAAAUAGAUAACAAAUUAUCAGUUAAAAGAAACAAUAAAUCACCAAACACUCAAACUAUUUGGGAAUUAAGAAGCCGGUGCGGUGAUACGAGAAAGCAGCGUUCUAAUAGAGAAGUCACAGAAACUGUAUUUUCUUCAGAAAUACAUUCGGUGCGACAUAAUCCAACAAAAUCUAUUGACUAUGAUUCCCCUAAGAGCAAUCACAGCAAUCGUAUUAUUAACUAUGACUCAAUUUUGAAUAGCAAUAAUGUAGAAUAUGGUGUAUCAAAAAAUACUGUGGAUCUUGAUUAUGGAUUGUCAAAAAGCUGCAUAGAUUAUCAAUCAAAUCACACUACGCCAGCAAGAAGUAUGGCUAUUGUUAGUGAUGGUGAAGUAGUUGUCUUUGAUGACAUUGAUGAUAAUUGGCAAAAUUUGCGACUAGAUUUAACUUCUAGUAAUACCAAUCAAGUUACACCAAUUAAUUUAAAUCUUGAAACUGAAGAGUCUCAAAGAGGUCGCAUUCCACCAGAACCUUUAAGUUCUAGUAUUGGAAGUACACCAAGCCCAACAACGGCAUAUCAUCGUAAUACUUCAGAAUUUUUUAAGGUAAUUACUCCAGCUAGUGAUUGUGAAGUUGAUUCACCAUCUUCGGAACGUAAUCACAAAGUAACUAGAGUAAUUGGUGAAUUGCCAAUAGCACAAUAUUCUGAAAGUCCAAGACGUUAUGGAGUACGUGAUACUCAACUUCCGUGUCUUCUGUCAUCACCAUCUGUAUACAUGACACCAAGACCUGGUUUUCCACAAAGAGUAUUACCAACAACACCAAGUCAUAAUGAGAAGGAGGAUACUUCUGCAGAAAUCAUCGUAGAAAAGGCUGUGGUAGAAACAAAUAUAAAUUAUUCUGAUGAUCAAGCUGUAAAUGCCUCUCCUCCAUCUCCUAAAAUUGAAGAUGAAGAAGAAGACUCAUUAAAACCAUCAACUAUACCCACGGAUAAUAUAAGCAAUUUAGUAUCAUCUGGUGGUAGUACAUUUGAUUAUUUAUAUGAAUUCUCAGAAACUCGGAAAGUACUUGAAGAAUUCUUUAAAUGUCCGCCACCAACAAAAGAAAAGGAAAACAGUACUGAAUCUUUCCCAUUUCAGGAUUUGGAUUAUGAAUUACGAAGACAAGGGGGAAGUGCUUAUGUUGGUCAACGACUAGCUAGUGGUCCACCAACAACGGAGGAAGUUUUAGUACACGAAUCUCCUAAAAAACAAAGAACAGAUUUUCCACAAAAUACCGGCGAACAUGAAAAUAAUUUCUUAGACCUCUCAGUAGGUACUGGAAGUAGUGAAGACCUCGGAGAAACAGAAGUCGGAUUACAAGUCGGUCAUUCCCGUAAUUUUACAUUAAGUCCUGAAACGACUGAUUGUGACAGUAAUUGUGGAGAUCUCGAUAGUGAAGUUUCUUUAAUGAUGAUGGAUAAUGAGUUAAUACCAGCUAGCGGUCUUCUUGGAUCGGUCGGUGAUUUAGGGAAUAAUUCAGAUUCAUUGAGAAUAUAUGCUAGCAUGCCAGUUCUUGAAGAUGGUUUAUCUAGUGGACAUGCUAGUGAUACUGAUAAUAAUAAUCCAACUGUGAUGUUGAUGAAGCGACAAAUUAAUGAAAUUGAAAAAGAAAUUAUUCAACGUAGUCGUGUUAAUGAUACUAUUCAUCAAAGUACAAUAGAGAAUGAUUCAGUUGGAAAAGAUCUUCCUGGCUUAACUGUCAGCAAAGAUAUUUUACAUUCCUUAAAAACUUCAUCGCCUGAUUUGUUUGUUCCUAAGAAAGAGAAUUCAUAUGAUACGAAUGAGCUUCAGCUUGAUGGUUUGGAUCCUCUUGGCACACCACCACCACCAGCACCUCAGGCUAGACAAAAUGUUAAUCUAGAAAUAGGUGGUGAAGUUGAAGCUGCUAUUAAAGAUAUUAGAAUGGCCUUGCAAAGGACUAAGACUUUACCUGUAAAAUCUUCUACAGAAGAACCACCUGAACCUAAUGUUAGUCCUAUUUGGAUACCAAGUCUAUCGGAUGGCAGGCGGAGAAUUUGCGUAGAAAAUAAUAGCGAAGAGUCAGAAGUUCGUCGCACGGGUGAAGAAGCAGAUAUUGAAAUUGAGGAAGGUCCAGAUGAGGAAGAAGCAGAUACUGAUCUUGAAACUGAUCGUUUACUUGGACAGCAAAGAACAGACGACCAGGGUUUUUAUGACGAUAAGGGGUGGAGGAAGCCUAAGACUAGGACAAUGUUACCACCGAUGAGUGGAAAAGUGUCAACUCCUAAGCAAACUCCCCCGAAAAGCCUGAGUGUCGUUCCGGUAGAAAGUCCACUAGCACCUUCGGAACCCUUAGCUUCAACCUCUGCCUGUGUAUCCACUUCCGCUUCUGCCUCUAUUUCACCUCCUCCGGUAGUUUCCGUUAUUCAACCACCGCCUUCCGAUUGUGAUGUUUCCACUCCUACACAACCUGCGACAAGUCCACAGAAGACUCCAGCUAAAAAUUCUCCCUCGUCCCCUCAGAGUCUCAAGGAAUCCAGCAACAAGGUGAAAAAGGAAAAAGAAGAGAAGAAGAAAAGCAGAAAUAAAGAAGCUCUUCUCAACGAUUCUUCAGUUUUAAUCGAGGGAGUUUUGUUCAGAGCAAGAUACCUUGGAUCCACUCAGCUUGUCUGUGAAGGAGAACCCACCAAAUCGACUCGUAUGUGUCAAGCAGAGGAAGCUGUAUCUAGGAUAAAGGAGGGGCCAAUGGCUACGGGUAUGCAGGCUACGCUGUUAAACUAUGGGGGGCAGCAUGGGUUUGGUCGGUGCAGCGUUGCCUCGCAAGGAAGCUUCGAGGAAGAUGAGUGCGACUCAAGUGAAGAACUUAUAGGGAACGCAUCUGGUGGGGGCCAGUCCGAGUCGCAGACUGCGGAGCUCCAACCAAAACUGGCCCCGAUCAGUGGCUCUACGGAGCCCACCACCGUUUUCAGGCUUCACUUUCUUGGAUCGGUUGAAGUUGAAGAGGAAGGGAGACGUAAGCGCCUUAACAACCACAUAGUGCGGGAGGCUGUGACUAAGAUCAAGGCAUUGGCACCGGAUGGCGAAACACAACCGAGUACAGAAGUCGACUUGUUCAUCUCAACAGAAAAAAUAAUGGUUUUGAAUACGGAUCUAAAGGAGAUCAUGAUGGAUCAUGCAUUAAGAACAAUAUCUUAUAUAGCAGAUAUUGGUGAUGUAGUGGUGCUAAUGGCACGAAGACGAUUUGUGCCACACGAAAUGGAGGAGGCACCGAAAAUCAACAGAACUCCAAAAAUGAUUUGUCACGUGUUUGAAAGUGAGGAGGCUCGAUUUAUUGCACAAAGCAUUGGACAGGCAUUUCAAGUGGCUUACAUGGAGUUCCUCAAAGCGAAUGGAAUAGAAGAUCAUAGUUUCGUGAAAGAAAUGGAUUAUCAGGAGGUACUCAAUUCUCAAGAAAUAUUUGGUGAUGAACUACAGAUGUUUGCUAAAAAGGAGAUGCAAAAAGAGGUUGUGGUACCAAAAGCAAAAGGCGAAAUUUUGGGAGUAGUAAUUGUUGAGUCUGGAUGGGGUUCGAUGCUACCGACAGUUGUAAUCGCAAAUUUAGCACCAGCUGGUGCGGCUGCUCGUUGUGGACAAUUAAAUAUUGGUGAUCAGAUAAUAGCCAUCAAUGGUGUUUCGUUAGUUGGCUUGCCUCUCUCUACUUGUCAGACUUACAUCAAGAAUUCAAAAAAUCAGACAGUCGUCAAGCUAACUGUCGUACCGUGCGCGCCAGUAGUCGAGGUCAAAAUCAAAAGACCUGACACCAAAUAUCAAUUAGGAUUUAGUGUACAGAAUGGAGUAAUAUGUAGUCUAUUGAGAGGCGGAAUUGCUGAAAGAGGAGGUGUUCGAGUGGGUCAUAGGAUUAUCGAGAUUAACAAUCAAAGUGUCGUCGCCGUACCACAUGAGAAGAUCGUCAAUCUUCUUGCCACAUCCGUCGGCGAGAUAUUAAUGAAAACGAUGCCCACGUCGAUGUUUAGGCUACUAACUGGCCAGGAAUCUCCAGUGUACAUAUAAGCGUUUGAUUACCUGGCUAAUAUGCGUAGUGAACAGACAAUACAUCCGCCAUCCACUACCAUAUUAUUCAAUAUUUUACUCUCUGUACAGAUUUAUUCUACGCAAAUUGCUUUGUGUUUCGAUUCUUGUGAAAUUCUAUUCGUAUAUUCUCACCAGCUCCUGCUAGCAAAGCAACAGAACUUACGUAAACACGUUGCGACAAAUAUUAAUAUAUUGAAUAUUUACAUAAAGCAAAAAAAAAAAAAGAAUAUAUAUAUACAUAUACAUAUAUAAAUAUAUAUCACAGUAUAU